AUGUCCAGAAUGACGAGAUUUCCUUACUUUGCAAGCAACGAUGAUUGGAAUUUAGCUAGCUUUCUUCAAUGGAGUAUGGUAUACGCCCAAGAUUUUGGAAAUAAAGACGAAGAGCAUCGUGUCUAUAAGACACAUUUACAAGCAAUUUAUAAUGACCCAAACCUACUGGAGCCCUGCGACAGUAAAAAAAUUCAAAAUUUGGCAACACAGGCAUUGGGUAAAUUUAAGGAAGAAGCGAAUUCGGAUAUAGUCACUAACCUUUGGAGCAAUAGUUCGUCUUUCCUAAAAAUGUUGAGAACAGCCGUUGAUCUCAAUACAAACAAGAUUCUUUAUCGAGUGUCUGAUUUACAUGAUGAUGUCAGCGAGACAAUCUUUAACGCCACUAAAGAUAAAUUAUGUUUUGAACGUAAGCGAUCUCGCUUUUAUGAAGAAAAGUCGCAGGAGUCGCCACCAAAAAGGACAAAAGCUAACAACGGUAGUGGUAUUACGCAAUAUAACUUGAUUUUUUAUUCACAGUAUUUUUUUCUAUCGUUCGGAUGUACGCAGGAAAAAACUAGUGAUAAUUGGAAAGACACCAAUGCCGGGGCAAUUGAUGCAGAAGAAAUUUCUGAUUCAGACGACACUGAUGCUGAACCGAAUGAUACAGAAAUUGAGAACCUCAAUCAAGAAGUAAAUAAUUUGAAUGACACUGAGGUGUCCAUUCGAAAUACUUUACUUGAUGUUCUCAACCAACGUAAAUCUAAGGAUUUAGAAUCGGAAAAAACCUUCAUGAAUUCAACAUUCCUUAACGGAAUAAUUGAUUUAACAGAUGCAGAUAUGAAGCGACAAAUAAAGCUUGGAAGCCAACACCCGAGUUCGAGGAGGCGGUUUGAUCCCUUCUUUGACGAAGGGCAUGAUAUCGCGCAAGAUAUAAUGAAACAUUUCUCGUUACGUUUGGAAGCCCCAAACAAUAUAGAGUCAAACGCAUUGGAUCUGGAAAGGACAUUUGCCAUCGAUACAAUUGUAUACAUCGUUAAUAGACUCUUCAAAAUGCAUCAAGAUGAAGUGGAUUUAGUUUGGAUCGAAAUUCUCACUCCCGAUACAAGUAAACGCAAGAUCGAUGGAGUCAUGAGGGCUCUUCUGACGAAGCAAACUCAUCAGAUACUGGCGUUAUUUGAGUUUUCCUUCGGUAGAAAGGCCCCUAUGUCCAAAGAUUAUGAAGAUAGAGUGAAGUUGAGUCGCAACGCCAUGAGAACCUUAAACAAAUGCUCAAAAAAACGCCUUGUAACAAGGCACGGGUGUACACAAUUCAAAGCAUGGACAGAUGUACAUACGAUACAUGGUUCGACCUCUCCCAUCAAUAUACCUGUACGAGGAGUUCGCAUGUAUCAGAUACCCCAAGAAUUUCAGCCAAAUGGAACGACGCAUUUGCAUGAUACUAACGUUGCCUGGCUUUCAUUAUUACAGAGCGAUGUCUUGAACACGGUCAAAGAAAACAACUGUUUUAUUGACACGAUUGAAAACAGCUAUAUCUGCACAGUUUCAGUGCAAGAGACACCAAAAAAGAAAAACAAAGGGAAGAAGGAAACUGGUUCUCCGCCAUCUUCAUAUCCCGAAUCUCCAUGUGACCGACUUGAGGGAGCUAGAGAAACGUCUUGA